AUGGUGAUACAAUACUUGCUACCUCCACCGAGGCUUCGUAGGUUGCUGUAUCACUCCUCGCCGCCUCCCAGGAUAUUACAGCAACAUCCCAAAACAUUACAGCAACAUCCCAAGACGUUACAGCAACAUCCCAAAACAUUACAGCAACAUCCCAAGACGUUACAGCAACAUCCCAAGACGUUACAGCAACAUCCCAAGACGUUACAGCAACAUCCCAAGACGUUACAGCAACAUCCCAAUACGUUACAGCAACAUCCCAAGACGUUACAGCAACAUCCCAAGACGUUACAGCAACAUCCCAAGACGUUACAGCAACAUCCCAAUACGUUACAGCAACAUCCCAAGACGUUACAGCAACAUCCCAAGACGUUCCAGCAACAUCCCAAGACGUUACAGCAACAUCCCAAGACGUUACAGCACCAUCCCAAGACGUUGCAGCAACAUCCCAAAACAUUACAGCACCAUCCCAAGACGUUACAGCAACAUCCCAAGACAUUACAGCACCAUCCCAAGACAUUACAGCACCAUCCCAAAACAUUACAGCACCAUCCCAAGACAUUACAGCAACAUCUCAAGACGUUACACAGAACCAGUGCUUGUAACACCUUGUCAGAGCAACAUCCCAAAACAUUACAGCAACAUCCCAAGACGUUACAGCAACAUCCCAAAACAUUACAGCAACAUCCCAAGACGUUACAGCAACAUCCCAAGACGUUACAGCAACAUCCCAAGACGUUACAGCAACAUCCCAAGACGUUACAGCAACAUCCCAAUACGUUACAGCAACAUCCCAAGACGUUACAGCAACAUCCCAAGACGUUACAGCAACAUCCCAAGACGUUACAGCAACAUCCCAAUACGUUACAGCAACAUCCCAAGACGUUACAGCAACAUCCCAAGACGUUCCAGCAACAUCCCAAGACGUUACAGCAACAUCCCAAGACGUUACAGCACCAUCCCAAGACGUUGCAGCAACAUCCCAAAACAUUACAGCACCAUCCCAAGACGUUACAGCAACAUCCCAAGACAUUACAGCACCAUCCCAAGACAUUACAGCACCAUCCCAAAACAUUACAGCACCAUCCCAAGACAUUACAGCAACAUCUCAAGAUUACACAGAACCAGUGCUUGUAA